AUGGCCACUCAAAACCAGAAUAUCUGCUCGUUACCAGAAGAUCUCCGUUGCUAUCUUCUCCGCGGAAAUAUCAUGGUUCCCCUCAUACCAGCCGAUCAGUUACCAUUCCAACUUAAAGGAAUUCCGCGGCAACUUACGCAUCGUCAAAUGUCAGACCAGGGCUGGAAACUAUUCAAGGAGACAAAAGACGCGCCCUCUAUGCUUUCAGUCCAAGCACCCAUUCCCAACGAUAGGCCCUCGCACUACUCUCCAGACGGGAAACCUCCAUAUCUCGCACCCGACCACAACGUCCGGACUGAAUCACAGAGCACAAACACAGCUCUUGGUCGCCCAGGCCGGUUGUCGCCGCAGUCGCCGGCAGCUGGUGCAUACGAAUGCCCCGGCACGCCGUCGACCACCGGGGUCGAACGCCAUUCGUCACUAGCCGACGCUGUGGCUUCGGUGUACCAUAGGGAAGCGCAGCGGUCUGGGUACAACAACUCUAACCCCGGCCCAGAACCCUCGAAAAAAGUAUACUGUACACACUGGAUCGCAACCGGCGAAUGCAGAUGGAUGCACACAGGGUGCAAAUACAAGCAUGAAAUGCCUGGGACCGAAAAGCUCCGCGUACUAGGUUUCACCCGCGGCACGCCCAGGUGGUGGAGGGAGAGAAAUGCAGUCUCUCCUGCCAAGCCACUAACUUGGAUGCAGCGCAAAGUAGGCGGAGGAGCAGGAAGUCAGGGUCUGGAGCCGCCUGCUGAAAAUAUGCCUCCGGCACGAUCAUUCCCAGAUGCUAUGACGUUCCGCACUCGUGGAUCAGAAGAGCGAUAUGGACCCGGCGGCGAGGUACAGAAGCUUGCUGGUCGUGGCGCUGACAAACGUCAGACUCGAGUGGAGCCGUCAACUACAUCAUCUAGUACUACUACCACUGCUAUAACGCCGCUAGUACUUCUCCAAACCCCCAAUCUCAUAGACCUAGAAGACACCCCCCUCUCCCCACCCAGCCCCUCGCAAUCCCAAACCUCGACCGCCGAAUCAAGCGAGACACGCACCCCUCAUUCCGACACCUCCUCUUCUUCCCCUCUUGCUUCCCCCUCGGUACCCCGCAAGACCCCGCUUCCCAAGUCCUCGCGUCUCAAGAGUGUCCCUGCGUCGUCGUCCUCUUGUUCCUCUUCUUUGUCAUCAUCUUCUCAGGGAGAUAGUUCGGACACUGACACUGACAUCGACACUGAUGAUGCUCCCGCCGUACCCGUCGCUACAAAACAUAGAGAGCGCCGCUCUAAGCGCAAUACUAGCGCUACUGGUGCCCGGCGUGUGGCGAGGACUCGAGCAAAGCUCAGUCUUGCUAGUUCAAAGUACGCGGUCAAGAUGCCCAAGGUUCAGCGGAAGGUGGAGUCGUAA